UGAAAUGGAGAGUAGUGGUCUGACGAGCAGCUGAUUGUUAAGUCAGUCUUUGCUUGUCAUGUGUUCAGUGCACACCUCAGUCACUCAGUGCUAAAAUGACCCGGACAGAAUUAUUUAGUCUUGUAGCCGUAGUAGCUGCUCUGUUAUGGUCUUUUGGACUAGCAGAACAGGAUUAUGAAAGUUCAAAAGGCAAAGUGUUUCACAAUCAGUUUGCUGUACACAUACCCGAUGGUGCUGAAGCAGCUGAUGAGAUAGCGGCAAAAUAUGGAUUUACAAAUAUCGGCCAGAUCGGGGCGCUGGACAACUACUACCUGUACGAGCACCAACACGUGCACAAGCGGUCGUUAGAUGCCGCCCACCACCACCACUCCACCCUCCAGGCCGACCCCAGGGUGAUGUGGGCGGAGCAGCAGGUGGAGAGGCGGCGAGUGAAGAGGGACGGCCUCCACGACAACCCUACACCUGGCGACGCAGCAGCAGCGGCGGCGGGAGCGGGGGUGACGGCGGGGCAAGGGGAGGACAGUGGCCGCCUGCCCCGCCAGUUCCCGGACUUCUCCAGGUUCUUCUUCUCCUCCGCCCCGGAUACUCCCUCUCGCCGAGGCUCCAGCAGGUUCCCGGACCCGCUGUACUCGCAGCAGUGGUACCUGUCUGAGGGAGCCAUCGGCGGCUACGACAUGAACGUGGGCCCCGCCUGGGCUAGGGGCUACACCGGCAAGGGCGUCGUCAUCUCCAUCCUGGACGACGGCAUCCAACAUAACCAUCCGGACAUCGCCCAAAAUUACGACCCACUGGCGUCCACGGACAUCAACGACAGCGACCCAGACCCGUUCCCGCGCGACAACGGUGACAACCGUCACGGGACGCGGUGCGCGGGCGAGGUGGCAGCCGUCGCCUUCAACAACUACUGCGGCGUCGGCGUAGCCUACAACAGUAGCAUCGGCGGUGUGAGGAUGCUGGACGGUACGGUGAACGACGCGGUGGAGGCCCGGGCCAUCUCCCUCAACCCGGACCACAUCGACAUCUUCUCGGCAUCUUGGGGCCCCGAGGACGAUGGCAAGACGGUCGACGGGCCGGGACCCCUGGCCAAGCGGGCCUUUAUCAACGGCGUCAUCAGGGGUCGACACGGAAAGGGGUCCAUCUUUGUGUGGGCAUCAGGCAAUGGUGGACGACACACGGAUAACUGUAACUGCGAUGGCUACACCAACUCCAUCUUCACCUUGUCCAUCUCGUCAGCGUCGCAGCGAGGGUUUAAACCAUGGUACCUAGAAGAAUGUUCAUCCACUCUUGCUACGACAUACAGCUCAGGAACUCCGGGUCUUGAUAGUAGUGUUGCCACAGUUGAUAUGGAUGGUAAUUUAAGACCUGAUCGUAUGUGCACUCUUGAACACACAGGUACAAGUGCCUCGGCACCACUAGCAGCAGGUCUGUGCGCUCUGGCCUUGGAGGCCAACCCAGAUUUGACUUGGCGUGAUAUGCAACACCUUGUGGUCAUGACUUCACGUUUUGAACCUCUAAGACAGGAAGAUGGUUGGUUUGUCAACGGUGUUGGCAGGAAAGUUAGUCACAAAUUUGGCUAUGGGCUGAUGGAUGCCGGCAAGUUGGUGGAGCUGGCAGAAAAAUGGAUCACUGUACCGCCCCAACAUGUUUGCCAGAGUAUUAAGGACCGAACUGACCAGGGUAUUCCUACUAUCAUGGGAGAAUCGAUAUAUGCAGAGAUCACCACAGAUGGGUGUGCAGGAACAUCCAGAGAAGUGCGUUAUUUGGAACAUGUACAAGCAAGAGUUUCUCUCCGAUUCCUGCCACGUGGAAAUAUCAACAUAAAACUCUUGUCCCCGUCAGGUACUACUUCCACCUUGUUAUUUGAAAGGCCACGAGAUGUGUUCUCAGAAAAGUUUGAUGACUGGCCUUUCCUCUCGGUUCACUUUUGGGGAGAGAAGGCAGCAGGGACUUGGCAGUUAAUUGUCACAAAUGCUGGCACACGGGAAGUCCGCCACCCUGGUAUACUCAUUCAGUGGCAGCUUAUCUUACAUGGGACUAAAGAGCGUCCAGGGCGCCUGCGCACAGAACAACCUCAGCGGUUGGAUUCUUCGUCUUUCUCACAGCCUCUGCCAACCCAGUCCUCUUCAGGUUUUCAGUUCCCAUCACGAAGACCCUCAAACGAUCCUUUCACCAUUAGCAUCCUUGAUCAAAUUCUGGCUGGAUCUAGUCCCAAUGCUACAUAUGCCACUCUUGAAGGGAAGGUAGUGUCAGGUCCAAAUCACCUGAUUGUACCUCAUGAUCGUAACAACUUAACCAAGUUUACAGAAUCCGAAGUAUGUCAUAGUCAGUGUCUUGGUGGAUGUUCUGGCCCAGGACCAGACAAGUGCCGAGCUUGUUCUCAUUAUAGUUUAGAGGGUGAAUGUGUGGGAAGCUGUCCAGAGGGAACUUAUGGCUCUGAGGAUCGGGACUGCUUAGGCUGCCAUGCAUCAUGUGCAAUGUGUAGUGGGCCAGCACAGAAUCAGUGCUUGGCUUGCCGUACCGAUUUUCUUUAUGUUAUUCAUCUUGGGCUUUGUGCUGAGAGCUGUCCUGAAGGAUAUUAUGCAGCAAAUGGCACUUGUUUGCGGUGUGGUGGUCAGUGCUCGGAGUGUGUGACUCCCAAGGAGUGCAUUAGUUGUGACCAUAAUCUUCUGCUCUCUAACGGCACCUGUCUCACCAAUUGUCCUGAAGGCUUCUACGAGACACAAAACAAUAGAUGUGGGUCAUGUUAUCCACAAUGCAAGACUUGUGUCGGUGGUAGCAGUUCUGAAUGUGCAUCCUGCCAAUCUAUUUCUUACCUACAUCAAGGAAAGUGCCUAUAUCGUUGCCCUAAAGGUACUUAUGGUGGCCAGGUGAACCGUGAAUGUAAGAUGUGUCCAUCUGGAUGCGCGUCCUGUGAUGGGGAGUCGUGCACCUCAUGUAUCGAGGGCUGGAGAAUCAAAGGUGGCCGCUGUGUGGCACGCCCUAAUCACUGCAAUAUCAAUGAAUUUACUGCUCAAACUGGUAGUUGUCAAACCUGCCACUCUUCGUGCCUCUCGUGUGUUGGACCUACUGAAGCUCACUGUCUUCACUGUGCUCAGCACCGUUUUCUAAUGGAUUCUAAAUGUGUAGAAUCAUGUCCAAAUGGACACUUUGCAUUGCGAGGUCGUUGCUUACCUUGCCCCCAUGGGUGUAGCACCUGCACCUCCUAUUCGUCAUGCAGUACAUGCUCUGAACGUUUCUAUUUACAUAACAACCAGUGUGUUGCUGCAUGCCCCAGUGGGUUCUACAGUGACCGCAGUAUCUGUUCUCCAUGUGAAGAUGCUUGCCAAACGUGUUAUGGACCUCGAAGCGACCAGUGCGCUGCGUGCUUUAAUAACUCCUUCCUUCUUAAUUCGUCUUGUCAUAGCACAUGUCCACCUUCCCAUUACCCAGAAGGAAGUGAAUGCCACCCUUGUUAUCAUAAUUGCCAAACUUGUAAGGGUUCAGGUCUCAAUGACUGCACUUCUUGUCAUGACUAUCUCACACUUGAUGGCGGAAUGUGCAUUGAAUGUCAGUCUGGACGCUAUUAUAACCUCAGUUCUCAGGCAUGUGAACCCUGCAGCAAGUCAUGUCUUACUUGCUCAUCCGGUAGAGAUAAUGGCUGCACAUCAUGCCAAGCGCCCAUGUCUCUCCAUCCUGCAACUAGUACCUGCCGAACAUGUUGUCCUUCUGGCGUGACGGAAGGGGAGCAUGACACGCCUUGUUGUUCUUGUGAUCCUGUUACUGGCUUGUGUUACGGUGCUGUCUCGGCAGACAAGCGGAGAAUAGCUCUCAGCUUGGACUCUGGUUCCCACCACACGCCACAUAGAGUAUCAUACUACCCAUCUGUCACUUCAAUUGUUGCUGUUAUUUGUCUCAUCAAUAUUGUCAUAUUUGGCGCAGUGUUCACUAUACUUCAGGCAAGAUCUACAGGCUUCUUGUGCUGGUCGAAUGAUUAUUCAUACAGAUUCCUUAAGCCAGAAAAUAUGUCAGAACGUGUGUCUCUAACAUUACCGCCAUUCAUGGAAGAGGAUUCUGAAAAUGAGAGGGAGAGUGGUAGUCUAUUGUAUUUGGAGACAUAGAUGACGGUUAUAUCAGAAAUUAGAGAUUAUUUAAUAUUUUAUGAAGUAAGGUAAUGUGAGCGAGGAGGAAGCCAAGAAUUACAGCACAUCCUGAUCGUACCUGUUGCUAUGACGUAGAACUAGAUCCUUUCCAUACUUAAGUAUCCUCAGGUCAUGUUUGUGGAUCAAGUCAAAUUUGAGUGUAACGUGCCUCAACGAGGAGGGUGUUAUUUUUUGUAAGAAUGAAUGUUAUAGAUUCCUUUUCAUCAGAGCAGUAUUGGAAAACUUGAAUGAUGCAUUUCUCUUGUUAAUGCUCAGUAGGAAUACCAGUACAGUGUAUAUGUGUAAAAUACUACCAUGUGCCAUGUUGAUGGAGCAUAUCACUGAAGGAGUUUUGACAUUUUUGGUAAAGGAUAGUCUUUUAAUUAAUUAGUUGUAUUUCCUCUGUCAUCUUCAAUCCAUUUAAGAAAUGGCAUUAUUAAUUAUAUUCUUUAAAAGUGAGACAAGAGUUUCCAAUAUUAUACCUACGAAGUUUAUUCUGCAGUAUAAGAUUUUAGAAAAUUUAUGUGUUAUGGUAAAUUAUUAUUAAAUAUAGAUAUCCUAUUAUGCCACACUGAUUUUUAUGCUUCAACUGUUCAUUUGUCAGUGGACUUUUUUUUUUCUUUUACCACAGCAAAUUUUAUCUUUUUCAUUAUGACCUGUACAUUUUAAUUUAUUCUUAUAUUGUAUAAUAAGAAAAUAAUAGAAAGAAUGCAUUUUAACAAUAUAUUUGAGUCUUUUAUUGUAUGUGUUAAUAAGUACUAUACUUUAAUUAUUGAUCUUUAUUUUUAUGAGAGCAUCAUACAAAGUUAGAAACAUAAGCAUAAAUUUCCUGAGUUCCUAAACCAGUGUGAAUUGAAAGUUUUCGUAUAUACUUUUGUAGUUUAACCCUCUUGCUGCAACACCCUCUGGAACCUUUUGUUCCCACCGAUGAUAAAGAAAAAACCUGAUAGAAAUAUUUGUUUUGCAUUUUUUGGUACCUUUAUAGCAAGUACAAACCUGCUCCUUCCAUCUAUACUAUUAAAAAUGCUUAAAUAUUCUUUAAUUCAUAGUGAAAAAUUAAACAAAUAAGCCCCCACUUUUUUAGUCCUUGAUAUACAUAAUAGAAAUCAUGGUCUAAGGUCCUCACCCCUGGGCCAUAAGUAUUCCCUAGUCAUAGAAUAUCUUCGUAUAAUAGGAAUGAUUUUUUUUUUUCAUUAAUAGAGUUUUGUUUUUAAUUUUCUUUAUUUUUAAAGCAUUCCUAAUCAGAAUAUUAAGCAUUCUUUCCAUAUCAAAGAUGAGAAAAUAUUAAAAAUGAAUAAUGGUAAAAAAAUUAAAAACAACUUUAAUAAAAGUUGAAGUGACCGUAUAAUAUAAAAAAUUGCACGAGUAACUUAGAGCAGGCCACAAGUGUGUAGUAUACAAUUGUAAAUACAAUUAAUAAUGUAAUUUCCUAAGGAAUUUGACAUGUUUUGGUAUAAAAAAAUCUCAUUUGUUUAUUUUAAGUACAGUAUAUUGAUUUAUAUGGUUUUUUAGUUGAUUUGUGUUAUUUUCUUAUUUUUAUACAUUUCUAAUAAGAAAUAAGCAUACUCUUUUAAGCAUACUCUUUAUACCAUGCCAAAAAUGAAACUAUCGACAAACUUUUAAAUUUAUUCUAAUGUGCUUAUUAUAUCUAGUAUUCACACAUCACAAUGUAAAAAAAAAAAAAAAAAAUUAAUUAUAGCAACAAAAAUCAUGCAAAUAAGUGAGUAUAGAAUUUGAUAUGGGCACUCUUGCAGAUUUUGAACUAAUGCAUGAAUAGGAUUUGAUGGAAUCAUUCUAGAGGAUUUUGACUUAUCACAUGCAGUAACGUUUUCUACUGUCACUGAGAAACGGCUGCAGCUACUGACUUCAAACUGUGUUUGAACUUCCAGUACAAUUGAGCGACCAUUAUAGAAUGUAUAAGCAUUUUUUCUAGGUACCUAGACGCGGGGUCACUUGUUGGAAAAUCAGGCCUGUCAGGUGACCAUAAGCACUUUUGGCAGCAAAAGGGUUAAAAUGUACAAGUUGAAACCUCAUAAUCAAUAAUGACGUGUGUGUGAUGGAUAUGUCACAAAUGAUUUGUUAUUGUUUUACAAAUCAACAACAGUUAAACUUGCCCAAAAUAGUAACAUUAGGAUACUGUAUAGAAUGUGAGGCACUAUGGUCAUAUAGGCAGUUCUCUAUGGGAGAAAGUGGAGGACUGGGAAAUGAUCUCAGACCUUGAUGAAGGUGUAGAUGGUAAUGAAUCCAGGACCAGAGAGGUUGCCAUACUGUGUAGCAGCUAUUUCAUACAUGUUGAUAGAAAGCAUUAUGUUCUGUUAAAUAUAAGCAAAUACAUUGAAUGCUCUCUUGGCUAAAACUUCUUAAUGCUGUGAAAAUAUUAAAUGUGUUCAUGAGUUGUUUAGGUUACUGGAUUGUAAUAACAGAUGAAAUGUAUUCUCAAAACUAGCGUGUUACCAAACCAUGGUUCAUAAAUUAUACAAUGUCUUUCCAAAUCUGCAUCUCAAUCGUUAAAAUGUUACAGUAUUUACAAAUGUUAUGUACAGUAUAACAUUUAACACUUUCGCGCUUUGGGCGAGCGAGUGCCAGACCACCCGAAGGUGGGCCGGGCAGUCCAUGUGAGUGCGGUAAUACUGAAAAGUGUAUCCUCUUUUCAGUUUUGUCACCUCAAUUUUCGUCCUAGGUUUUUCAUUUUGGUUUCAAUGUGUUUGCAAUAGAAUUCCCUACAGGAAGAGUAUGCAUAUAAAGUCCAAAAGCCCGGCGUACCACCCGCACCAAACCAAGAAAUUGGCCGCGCGUUACCCGUGAGUGUGCAAGAGCAAUAAAAUGUGUUCUCUCUUUUCACUUUGGUCAGCUCAAUUCUUGUCCUAGGUCUUUCAUUUUGGUAUCAAUGUGCUCACAAUAGAAUUCCCUAUAGGAGUACUGUAUGUGCAUAUAAUGUCCUAAACCGUGGCGUGCCCCACCCGCAGCAAAGCCAAAAGCAGGCCAUGCAUUUUCAAUUUUUGACCCACGGAUGUGUCAUUCCCACACAUUCGUCUAAUAAAUUUUUGAUGCCAUACUGCGUUGUCCCCAGGCGAAAGUGUUAAUUAAUUAACAGUCAGUUUGCUAUUGAAUUAAAAUUUUAAUUUUAUAUCGGAUGAUCAUCUAGUAUUUAUAUAUACAUUAACCAUGUAUAAUAUUUAUUACAUGUGCAUGCAUCUUAGGUACUGUACCUUAAAGAUCAAGUACCCAAGUGAGAGUAGUGGUUUGAUUUGCUUUGGUGAAGAGAGUUUUGUAUUGGAUAUUUAUAUUGUAUAAUGACCAUUUGUUUUAUAUUUCACUGUUCAUUAAUUUUGCAAGUAAUUACCUGAAUGCCAAGCAGGUGCAUUGUCAAGAAUUCAGAAUCUUGACAAUUCAUUCACAAGAGACAAGCAUUAAUUUGUUAAUGCAAUAAUUAGGCAGUAAUAUUAUUUUAUAAGUGUUUUCUGCAUAAUAGUAGUUUAUUCUUGACAAAAAUCAGACCAAUUACUUGAUCAGUGUGAUGGAGCUGACAUUAUUUAUGUGCUGAGUAGGUGUCAGGUUAUUAACGUGUAGAUUGUGAAUAGGUGAGGAAAACUGGUGUACAGUAUAUGAAGGAUGUAUGUAUGGUGCUGCUGCAAUACUAGAUACUUACUCAUGUGAUACAAUACCGGGCAUCACGAUGCCACUUUGACAUUAAAACAGUGGGUUUGUCUUCAUUUUAUGUGGAUGAUCAUUAUUUAAGGCCUUCAGGAAAGUGGUGAAUCAAAUUGGAUUAUAUCAGAUAUAGGAAACAAUGAAUAUAUGCAAGCCAUUUGACUUAAAAGUAUUAUAACAACACAAGUAAAUGGAAGUCGUGAAUGACAAAGUACUAAAAAUUGGUUACAUUAAGAAAUGUGAAAACACUCAAAACAAUUAAUUGUUAUGGUUUAAAAUCAUAGUUACUACAAACACAUAGGUAAUAGCUAAUAUUAAAAAAAAAAAUUAUAUAUAUAUUGAAGAUUUCUUAAUUUCCAACUAAGUUAUCAGAAAAUAUGCAUAGAGAUUUUAUGUGCGCUGUUCAUAAAGUAAAACAAUUUUGAUUCUAGUCAUGAAAGUCCAAUUCUGAGGCAUUUAAUGGUGACUAGCAUUCACAAGAGACUAGAAAAAGCUGAUUCAUAAAUGAAUCGGGAAAUGUGGAAAGGACAGUGAACUAGAUAUGCUUCUUAAUGUCACAAACAAGGACAUAAUGCCUUGUCAUAGGGUGGCCUUAAUGUUUAAAUGUAGUUAGAACUUUUAUAUUUCCCAUUAUAAGAAUUUAUGCAUUUGUAGUCUUAUAUUUUAAUGCCUUUGUUUAAAAAAGAAUUAUUUGCAAAAUUUGUAUUAUUUUUACAUUUGUAAUGUGUCUUCCUUCAUUAAUUGUUCUUAAUUUAAAGUAAAAUGUGAUAAUGGUAUUCAUAUUUGAGAGUGAUUAAUUCCCUUGUCAAAGGAUGAGUUUUAUGGAACUUUUAAAUUACUUAAUUAUGACUGGACUCUCCUUUUAUGUCCCUAGGAAGUAGAGUUAGCCAGAUUUUUGGGGGGGGUGACCUCCAGAGUCCUCAUGGACACCAGGUCCAGCCAAAAUAAAUUUUGUAUAUUUAAUUAAAUAUAUUACAUCCACUGUUUUAAGUUCUUAUACAUUAACUAUCUGUUUUAUGUAACUUUACCAAAAUAUUAAUACUGAAAAUUAUAACAAAUAUUUCGGGAUAGCUUGUGUGCAAAUUACUUUUCUGUGGGGAGCCCCUUCGGCUAACUGGAGCCAUCAGGUUAAUAUGUGAUACAUUAGACCAGGCUUUAGUCAAAGGAGUUCUGCUUACCGUGGACCACGAGCCAGGACCUGGGCCCCCUCAGAGAGGUGCAGGGAGUAAUGGCCCUGGAAAAUCUCCCCUGUGGUUGGGAGUUUACUUUAUCUGCCAUCGACUGGGACUAGGCACCCAAAAAGGUACGUGUAACAAAACAGAUCCCGCAGGGUAAGAAAAAUACAAGCGAAAGUCGAGCAGAGAAGUAGAACUCCCUCAAUUCCCAAAGAAACAAGCAAACAUCACACCACGCUGUUGCGUGGUGUGAUAACUAGGGAACAUUACUAAGUUAUGUGGUGCCCUUCCCCAAUUGCGGGGCAUUCAUAGUGGACGCUCUUCGGCAGGACUGGUCGAGGUGGGGUUCCCUGUACCUCUUUCCCGGUUCGGCUGUUGCUUCAGGUUAUGGCUCGGUUGGAGUCUUCCCAUGGGAGAGUCAUCCUAGGGGCCACUUGGUGGCCAGCACAGCCUUGGUUUCAGGCGCUGCUUGCUCAGUGUCCAUAACUAGGCUUCGACUCUUAGGAAAGGUCCUUAGGUCCACGGCUCCGCCUCUUUCAGCAGCACGGACCGGUCUGGUACAUGUCGGGUCAUUUAUUUGGUGAUCAGGUGGGUUUGUUGAAGGUGUCCCACCCGAGAGCUUCGUUUUGGCGACAAUUUGAAAUUUCCUGGCAUUCUUUUUGCCAUUUUCUCUCUCUUUGUCAGUUGUCUUCUGUUUCUGAUUGGGUUGUCUUGUCCUUUCUGUCUUGGCUCCUUCAGGACUGUCAUUUAAUGCCUACUAAUGUCACCUCAUAUCGUGCGGCGUUGGCGGAGCCGCUGUAGCUUGCGUUCGGGGUCAAUGUCACUCCUGCCCCAUUCCAUAAGCUUUCUCAUGCUUUGUUACACCUCCGGCCUGCUCAUGCGCCACCUGGGCUUCACUGGUUCUUGGACAGGGUGCUCCCCUAUCUCUCUUCUCCUCAGUUCUGGUGGCCCCUUUGGUUCAAGAUUGUUUUUCCGAGGAUCUCUUUAUAUUGGCAUUAGCCUCUGGGGGUUAUGACGGUGAGCUUCAUGCUCUGCUCCAGCGCAGGGGGUUUCUAUUCCUUUGGUCCUGGUAGUUUGUUUGUUCGGUUGCAGCUUUUGACCUAAUUUUCUGGAGAAGAAUGAGACGACUGCUUUCCAGAGGGGUCCUUGGGGUCAUUGAUGCUUGGUUGGUCAGGCCGGGGAUCGGGUGCAUCAUGUGUUGUCCGGUUGCGGCUCUUUGCAGUUGCCUGCACACCUCGGCUUCUGUGGCCGGGGAUGCGCCGGAUGCGACGAGGUUGUGUGGUGUUUGCUUGUUUCCCUGUUUCCCUGGGAAUUGAAGUUCUACCUCUCUGUUCGACUUACAUUUGCAUUUUUCUUACCUUGUGGGGUCUGUUUUGUUAUGCCUACCUUUCUGGGUGCCUAACCACAGUCAAUGGCAGAUAAGGUAAGCCCCCAACUACAUGAAGAUUUUCCAGGGCCAGUGCUCCCUGUAUCUUUCUGAGGGGGCCAGGUUCUGGCUUGUGGUCCAUGGUAUGCAGAACUCCAUUGACUAAAGCUCUGGUCUAAUGUAUCAAAUAUUAGCCCAAUAGCUCCAGGGAGCCUCCGGGGCUCACCCAGAAAAUUACAUUUCUUUACAUUCAAUGCUGUUUUUUUUUUUUUAUGUAGAAGUUGUUAAAUAAGUACAUCAUCUAUAAAAGCAAAAUUAUAUACAUUGAAUUUUCUCCCACCCAAAAUGGCAUUUAUUUACAUAUUACUGUACAGUACCUAUAAAAUAUCAUUAGAAAAAAUACUCUGUCUACUUUUUUUAGGGGACACUCAGUUUUUGUAUUUAGACUUAGUAUUUAUAUACAUAUUACUAAAACCAAAAAUAUUUUAAUUAACUGAUUGUAAUCUCAUAAAUGCAGUAAGGAAGUUAUGGGGAAAUUGGCCGUUCAUUAUUUGUAUCAACAUCUUUUACAGUAUUAUAAAAUGUAAGGCUGAAGUCUAUAUUUUCUAAUAAAAUUUAAAAAAAAUUCUCCAGCUAAGUUAGUGAUACACCAUCUAAGGCCAUUUUCUAUGGGAGGGAAGGAACAAAACAAAAAUUUUUGAACAAGGUGUGAUGUUCAUAAUGAGAAGCUGUGUCCAAGUAAUAAAGUAAUUAUCAAAAGAAGAAAAGCUGUGAACAAAUUAUGUGAUGCAUAGCAGCAUCAAGGGAGAUUCAAAAUAUGGUUAUUAAUCUCAGUUUUUAGAAUAUGAUCUAGUUUACUAGUCAUUAUCACCCUGCUAGGUGAUGUCAACCCUAUCAGUAAAUUUAUCUAUAGUAAAGAAUAUGUUUGGGUGUCAGGGAAGAAUGUAAUGGCUUUUAUACAGAGUGAGUAGUAUGUACAUUUUUAAAUCAACUGUGCACAGUGAUAAGAUUCUUUAGUCAUUUAUAGAUUUUAUAGUUAUUGAAGGAUGUAUGAAUGUGAUACAUAAAGUGUAAUGAUAUUAUUGCCCUUCUGUAUGUAUAUAUAUAUAUAUAUAAAAUGCUGUGUGAUUUUAUCACCAAGUAAUGCUUCACAAAUUAUAAGUACUUGCAUUUUAUUUCAAAUUUUGACAAUUUUUUAUGAAACAGCUUGUUAAUGUCAUACUCAUAUAAUGUAAUUACUAUUCAAUAGUCUUACAAAGGGGGACUCUUUCUCCUACAUUCCAGCUGUGUUGGAAAUUGUGGGUCUUACGUAAUUUUUGUAUUUUGCUUAUAUUAACUUGCAAGAUUUGUCCUUGAAGUUGAGGAUUAAAUUUUGUGUAGUUAAAAACAAACACACACACACACACACACACACACACACACACACACACACACACACACACACACACACACACACACACACACACACACACACACACAA